AUGGCACCAAUUACUGUGAAAUAUGACUGGAUCCUGGCUAUCACCACUAUUGCCUUUGUUUUCUCUGCUUUUGGUAAUGGUGCAAACGAUGUCGCCAAUUCGUAUGCCACUUCUGUUGCUGCAAAGACUUUGACUAUGCCGCAAGAUGGCUUCCUCUCCAUCCUCACAGAGUUUGCGGGGGCCGUCGGUCUUGGGGCUCGCGUUACUUCAACUAUUAAAAACGGUAUCAUCUCUAUCGAUCGAUUCCGAGAAGGUACUGGCCAUCCCGGAGCACUGAUGCUCGCAAUGGGUUGUGCUGAAGUGGGAAGCGCCACCUGGCUAGUGUUUGCGACUGGCGUGGGAAUGCCAGUAUCAACUACCCAAACUGUUCUCGGGGCCUUGAUUGGUGUCGGAUUUGCAUCAGGGGCCAGCAUCAAGUGGGAAUGGACAGACGGGUCCGUUUCUCAGGUUGCUGCUUCCUGGGGCAUUGCUCCUUUAAUCGCUGCUGGAUUCUCAGCUCUCAUAUUUGGGUCUCUGAAGUACUCGGUUCUUGAACGCAAGGCUCCUUUUGAAUGGGCGAUGCGGCUUAUACCGUUCUACUUCGCGAUGACUGGCGCCAUUCUUGCCCUCUUCAUAGUCGUCGAAGCUCCUACUGCCCCUUCCCUUGAGGAAUUUGGAGCUGGUAAGGCGGCUGGGAUUAUUUUAGGUGUCUUCUUUGGCUGUCUGCUGAUAUGCUACGUCUUCUUCACCCCGUUUUUCAAGCGGAAGUUGGUCUACAAGGACCCUCGGGUUCGGAUUUGGCAUGUCAUCCUUGGCCCAAUGCUCUUGAAAGAGAACCCACCCCUUUUAUUCCCGGGGAAGGGUGAGCAAUACGUUGAAAACUACUACGAAGACGCCUAUGGAGAUGUCCGCGCCGGAACAAAGGAUGGCGAGAACCUGCGUAGGCAGCAGAUCUCUCCUCAAGGCGACGGCAUAACUAAAACCUCGACGCCACCCAGGCCCCUGGAGCCAGAGAAGGGAACUGCACAUGGAACUCACAGGCGCAAAUCGGAACCUUACGAACAUUUUAUCGGUCCUGUCCAACACCUGUCGUGGGGGAACGCUCAGAAAUGGUGGGGUUACUUCAAGUUCGGAUUGUUGCAGGGUGUUACCCGCGACGUUAUUACCCACGACUCGGAGCUUCUGCGAGCUAUCCAUGCCCGAGCUCACCGGUAUGAUGAUCGAGUCGAACACUUGUGGACUUACUGCCAAGUCAUAUCCGCCAUGAUGAUGUCUAUAGCACACGGUUCAAACGACGUCGCUAAUGCUGUCGUGCCAUGGGCGGCCGUAUACGAAACGUAUAAAGCCGGGGUAGUGAAAACCAGAUCACCAACCCCAAUCUGGUUCCUCGUGGUUGCUGGCUUGCUCCUGGGUCUUGGAUUCUGGUUCUACGGCCACCACAUCAUGCGGGCGCUCGGUAACAAGAUCACGCAGAUGUCACCCACCCGCGGCUUUGCGGUGGAGCUGGGAGCGGCGAUUACGGUGUUGCUGGCAAGUAGGCUCGGGCUGCCAGUGUCGACAACACAAUGCCUGACGGGCUCUGCCAUGGGAGUGGCAUUGAUGAACUAUGACCUCGGAGCAGUGAAUUGGCGACAACUCGCGUUCAUCUUCAUGGGCUGGGUGCUCACGUUGCCGUGCGCAGGCCUCAUUGCGGGACUGCUCUGCGUCAUGGCGCUGAAUACCCCACACUUCUAA